AUGGAAGUGAGUUCUUGUGCUGCCAAAUGCGCAUUGCAUAGGCUGGAGAACAUAGACGAAAAUGGUCCUGCAAUUUGGGAAGCAACCUCUUGCCCGCCGCCCGAAACGCCAACCGAAUCCAUGGAGUUUCUAGCGAGAUCGUGGAGUGUUUCUGCAAUGGAGCUCUCCAAGGCUCUUUCAAAUUCUCACGUUGGCUCUCAAAAUCUUGUGCAGUCAACAGUGUCUUCAGAUGGCUCUGAAGUUCGUGACGCAACUUCUACAACUCUGAAUGAAUCUCUACUCCAGCAGUUACCAAGUGAAAAUAGCCCUCCAAUAUCCCCAAGAGGCAGUGAUGAAAUGAAGGAGUUAUUGCUACUUCAUCAAGCACUAAAUCCAGAGUUUCUUUCGAGUCAACAGCUCCUCAAAAAUGGGUUAUAUAAGAGCAUACUGAGGAGAAAAACAACGGGUAGGUGGUUAAAAGAUCAGAAGGAGAAGAAGAAGCAAGAAAUCAGAACCCAGAAUGCCCAGUUGCACGCAGCAGUAUCCGUGGCAGGGGUUGCCGCGGCUGUUGCAGCGCUUGCAGCCACAGCUGCGUUGCCCGAGACAUCAGCAGCCCACCAGAAACCGCCUCCAAAUACAUCCGCUGCAAUGGCAUCCGCAGCUGGUCUAGUAGCGUCUCAUUGCAUUGAGAUCGCCGAGGAAAUGGGAGCUGAUCAUGACCAAAUCUUUGCGGUGGUUAACUCCGCGGUUAAUGCAAGGACUAAUGGUGAUAUCAUGACCCUAACAGCAGCUGCAGCUACAGCCUUAAGAGCAGCUGCCAUUCUAAGGACAAGAUUGCAGAAAGGGUAUGGAACUACAGCAUUUGCACUGCCUGAUGAAAAAGGUGAAGGCAAUGAUUCAAAUAUCGUUGCAGCUCUGAAUUUUGUUUCCAAGGGAGGAGAAAUUCUCAAACGCACUAGGAAAGGAGCUCUCCAUUGGAAGCAAGUUUCUUUCAGCAUUAACUCAAACUGGCAGGUUGUAGCCAAAAUGAAAAGCAAGUACAUGGCUGGAACAUUUACAAAAAAGCAGAAAUGUGUGGUCACUGAAGUCUGCUGUGACAUCCUGGCAUGGCCCGGAAGGGAGAAGGACAACGGCAGCGAAUCAAGGGCAUACUUCGGAAUAAAGACAGCUGACAGGAUUAUAGAGUUUGAAUGUAGAAGUAAAGAAGACAAACUAAUGUGGACUGAGGGAAUCCAACAUAUGUUGAAUUGUCUGUUGUCAUGCUAAUGUAACAUUUGUUCAAG